AUGACAAACACAAAGGGAAAGAGGAGGGGCGCUCGCCGUGUGUUCUUUAGCCCUUUUAGGAAACAUGGAGUGGUUCCUUUGGCCACAUACAUGCGAAUCUACAAAGAGGGUGCUAUUGUGGACAUCAAGGGAAUGGGCGCUGUUCAAAAUGGAACGCCCCAUAAGUGUUGCCACGGCAAACCUGGAAGAGUCUACGACGUCACCCAGCAUGCUGGGAGCAUCAUUGUGAACAAGCAGGCUAAGGGCAAGAUUCUCGCCAGAGAAUCAACGUGCACAGUGAGCACAUCAGGCACUCUAAGAGCAGGACAGCUUCCUGAGCACGGGCAGGAGAGCAGCCAGAAGACGAAGGAAGCCAAGGAGAAGGGCACCUGGGUUCAUCUGAAGUGCCAGCCUGUACCACCCAGAGCAGCAGACUUUGUGAGGGCUGAAGGGAAGGAGCCUGAGCUGCUGGAGCCCACUCCAUAUGAAUUCAUGGCCCAGUGUACACAAAUAAAGGACCUGGACUGUAAAAAUAAAUAA